AUGCCUGCUGUUACUACCCGCUCAGGUUGUCAUAUCAGGCGCCCACCUCUGCCUGAUCAACGCAAGACUCACAGGAAGGCAGCAGAUAUUUGUAAGGAGUCCAAUGUGGAUAAUUCCUUCAAACCUCCAAAAUGGUCUUGCCCUGGCCCCCACCGUCGCGCUGGCCCCAAGAAUGUUAUCGGCCACGGCGACAACCAUCCAGAGCUGUCUAUUCAUCCUCCACCCAAGCCUCAUCCGCUUGCACGGUCCAAGUGUUCUGGCCCCAUGACCUCAUCUGCUGAAGAGGAGAUUUUUGAGACUAAUGAAGAAUAUCUGCUGACAUCCAAGAAGCUCCUACACCCAUCACUGGAGAACACUGCCACUGCUGCGAGCAAGAAUCCGAAUGCUAUCUCUCAAAGUCAGACAAACGAUCUCAAUGGUAGCAAUGACAACGACCAAGAGACUUCAGCUACUUGUACUGAGUCCCACGAUGCAGGGUAUAGCAACAAGGAUCAUGGCAAUGAUACUUCAGGUACCUCUACCGAGUCACACUACCCAGAGGAUGGUGGGAAUGAUGAUGGUCACAAAACUUCAGCUACUUCUACUAAUGGCCGCCCGCGUAGGUCAGGUGGCAUCAAGUCAUAUGCACCUGAUCGCAGUGCCGGUGAAGAGAGCUCUCCAUCCAACAACAAUGAGGAUUCCUCUGAAGACAAUCCCCCAUCUCCACCGCGAUUGAUGGCCAAGCAAAAGCAAAAGCUCAAGGUAACGGUUGAGGUCGAUGAACAUCACGGAAGCGAAGAUGAGGACGAUGAAGACUUUGUGAAGACCAAAGGAAGAAUGCCCCAAGUAGGCAUCUUAAAGGCGCAAGAGCUUGGGAAGAAGACGUUGGAAGCUGCCAGAACACUGGGUCAAGAAUAUGGGAAGAGUGUGCAGACGAUCCUCAUCGAGGCUGGGUUGACUAUGAAGGCUACCCGCAAAGAGUCUCUGUGGAACCAACACCAGACGUGGUUCGCAGCUACCCAUCCCCUGCCUAAAGGAGUAUCGGGAGUUGUGUCGCCAGAGGACAUCAAGGCUUGGAAGGAUGAUCCUCAGCACGCAUCGUUGUGGAAGGAGAUACAGGAAAACUGGGAUUGUCUUAUGAUGGGUGUUUGUGAUGCUUUCACAAAAUCAGCUGCAUACUGGCAUCGCACCCAUGGCAUUCACAUUGCCGGUGUUGCCAUAUUUCCAGGUGAUGAAGAGGCAGGCCAUCAGGCGUCAGGGCUGUUUGCCGGCUCUGACAUGGUCAAAGCCCUCAUCAAUUCACACCAACUUGAUAUUAAGUGUUGGUUAGAUGAGCUCACUACAAUCCUUAAGUACAAAGACUUAGAAGCUGCACAUGCUGAAGGCAAGACUUUCAGCUUCCUCCCCGCCUCUUCCACUGCUCCAAAUGGUAGCCUUUUGUGCAACGGCAAGCCUGCCAGGGAUAGGAAUAGAAAGGUCGCACCCAUGAUGAUUAGUGAGAAGUUUGCUGAGGCUGGCCAUCCGCUCAAAACUUCCAAUAGCAGGUGGCUGACCAUGUUGGACAUCCUGUAUACCGAGAAGCUUUGCAUUCACGACUGGCCCACUGGUGUUCCCCCGCCCGGCCCAGAUUUUGAUCUAAAGGCUCUAUCUGCAAGUCAUCUACAUGCAUUGGUAGCUCCGUAUCUCAGGCUCCAUCUUGGAGCGAUGUACAAGGCUGAGUUAGGUCUUGACGACGAUAGUGAGGCGGAGGCAGCAAAGGCAAAGAAGCGCAAAGGCAAGUCCAAGAAGUUGGGUGACAAAGGAAGGAAGAAGGGGGCGAUGGUGGAGGAGCCAAGUGUUGUCUUGCAUAUCAGCAGAUGGCCUGAAAGUGAUAUCCUUACUGUUGAGACACAGGCCACAAGCAUGUGCCUCAUCCCACUCAUCAUCAACACUAACGGCAAGGUUGUUCGCUCCCUCCAAGACUCAGAGAAAUUCAUCAAGGAUCUUCCACAAGACGACACCCAAGACGACACUCCUAGAUGCCACACCAAACAGGUAAUCAAGAAACCUGCAGUGUCUGAUCUAACAGCUUUGCGCUCGACUAUGGGAGCUUCGCACUCCAAUCAGGAAGCUUUGUGCUCCAAUCAGGAAGCUUCAUGCUCAACUAUGGGAGCUUCGCGCCCCAAUCAGGAAGCUUCACACUCAACUAUGGGAGCUUUGCACUCCAAUCAGGAAGCUUCAUGCUCAACUAUGGGAGCUUUGCGCUCCAAUCAGGAAGCUUCAUGCUCCAAUCAGGAAGUUUCACGCUCCAAUCAGGAAGCUUUGUGCUCCAAUCAUGAAGCUUUGUGCUCUCGUCACCAUACUAACCGAGCCAUCUAUGAUAAUUUCCCGCCUUCAUCACCACCCCAGGAAGCUCCGCACUCGCGUCACCCUACUAACCGAGUUUUUGAGGAACUCCCGCCUUCGUUGCCACCAACACCAUCUUCCCAGUUUUUGUCUCCCCCUCCUAUUUCACGUGUAUCAACUCCUAUGUCAACCUCAGGUUAUUCGCACGUCAGGGAUGUGACAUAUCCCUCCCGCUCUCAAUAUGAGCGUUCACACAAUGGACCACGUCGAUAUCAACAUGCUUUUGACAAUGCUAUGCCAACAUACAACCCAGAUACUCGCAAAUGGACGUGGCCCCAUUAUGAAUCUGCUUGGGAGACUGAAGAUCUGGAGCAUGAAACAGUGGAGGAGAGGCACCGUGUCAGGGUCCAUGAGAAUUCUCGUAUACCUUUAGGCCACGCCCAAUCACAGGCACAUGUAAGUUCUGCACCAAUUGCCAGCACCUCCCGUUCUCAGCUACCAUCACAUUCCUCCGUUGUGCCAACUUCUUGCACUGGUUCCUCACAGCGCCGCAAUCAUUCAACUGUCAGACCUUCGAGUAUCCGCCCUGCAUCUCCUGAUUGCCGUGCAAUCAUCGAAGAAGAUGAAUAUGAGUAUUACUAA